UGUUAAUUAAUAAUUAAGCGAUGGUGUCGUCGAUCGGCAUCAGUGCGCGUACGCCGCUGUCUCGACGCAGCGCGCAUAUCAGCUGCAUCCCGUGCGAGCUCUUUCUGUCACUCACAGGUACUGGGACGUGUGCAAUCCUAUUAUAUUUUUUUAUUUAAUAUUUAUUUUAAUUGAAGUGGGACAGUGAAUGUAAGGUCAAAUUCAUUGUGAUAGUACGCAAUUCAUUUAUAAGUGUUCUUUGGAUUUUUGGAUAGACAUCGUGUACAGGUACAUUAAUAUAGUCUCACAAGAAUUGGAAACAUCCUUGGUGAUUAGAGUGUUUUGAAAAUAAUUUGCAAUGGACGUUCUGAUUUUCCCACGGCUAUAAAUCAUGAAAGAGACAUACGAGUGGUGUUGAUGCGGAUUUACAAUAAAGGACUAUGGACUUUCAAAAUAAUGAUGUGGGCGUUCGUGCCCUACAAUAGCAACGAUACAAACAAAUAUUGGGAGAGUUUGUGGGAAUCCCGCAUGGUGCGCCGACGACAGCAGCGCGGAGCCGCGCGGCCCGCAGCACCCGGCGCGAGGGGAGCCGCGGCGCCCGCCGGGGGAGUGGCUGCACUCUGCCGCGAUUGGUUUCCUGGCGCACUCGUGCCACGGCCGUAAGCGCCCGCUUCACGUAUUCGAAUUUGCUCCCUCCAGCGUCACACUACGACUGAGAAUAGCAUUUACACACUCGCUCUCGACUCUCUCGGACGCACUACUCAUUGGUUCAAAAGCUACGUCGAGCGACGUAUUAUGGUAAUAUAAAUUGACCAACCGUAGACCAAAUUCGGUUAGUUCGUUAAAGUUGAUUAAAGCCAUUUAACCGGGACGGACACGAGGAUACGAACGGCGCGAGCGUUCGUCGAUCCCGGGGGUUUGGUUAAAUGAAGUCAAAUUGUUUAAUAUCGGAGUAGAUAAAUCUGAGUGUCGGGUCGCGUUCCGUGGAGCGAGCUGUGCACGGCAGGCAGCGAGGCCGCCGCGACGGAGCCGAGCGAGGUGCGCGCCGAGGUAGCGGGCCCGCUGCCGCCCGCCGCCGACGGCUACAUGUACGUGUGCGAGGGCGCCGGCGCCGGCUCGCGCUACGAGUGCGCCUUCGAGCCCGGCCACCACAUGGAGCAGCCACCCUUCGACGACCACAUGUUCGGCGAGUUCGGCAAGGAGCACCACGUGCAGGUGGUGGUGGGCGAGAUCAGUGAGCUGUACCGUGACGACCGCCCGGUCGCUUUCGCACCCGCCAGUGACCAGAAGCGCAAGGACGAACCUUUGCUACUGCAAGCAGUGGACUCCAGCCCGGCCACGCAUCCACCACCGCCGCCACCACCACCUUCUUCUAAGAAGAGUGACAAAAAGAAAAGCGACAAUAACGGAAUCAAGAAGAAGAAAACUAGGACCACUUUCACGGCGUAUCAACUAGAGGAGUUAGAACGAGCGUUUGAGCGCGCACCAUACCCUGAUGUGUUCGCAAGAGAAGAACUGGCUCUUAAACUUAACUUGUCGGAAUCACGAGUACAGGUCUGGUUCCAAAACCGAAGAGCGAAAUGGCGUAAGCGAGAACCUCCACGCAAAACUGGAUAUAUCGGUUCCAGUUCUCCGAGCUCCACGACUUUAGGAGGCAGUUUCUCUGGCAUCGGUGGCAAUCUACCAGCCUUCCCACAGAAUGGCCUCCCAGCUCCAUCUGACUCCUGGUCGUACCAGCACCCCUAUGAAUUAUCCUCGCACCAUCUUCUGUCAUCAAGCAGUGCUGGAUAUCCAAGUUUUAACACUCAGCCGGCAGCGUAUUCUUACACGACCGUCCUCAAUGGCCACGACGGCCAAAUGUUCGCUCCAAGGCAUUCCUAUGAAUACGGAGAAGGUAGUCCGCCUCCUUUGGGAGUCCGCGAUUACCCGAUGACGAUGGCAGCUCAUUCGCCACAGAUGGAGGCACACGCACACGACGAAAAGCUCGAGUAUCGUUCGCACGAGCACGAGGACAAGUACCCGGCGUGCGCGCUGCAGGAGGAGCCGCCGCGGUACGCCGCGCCCGGGGAGGAGUACGACAAGUGCGCGCUGGUUGCACACGACAAGCACUACGAGAUGGAGCGGCACUCGGACCUCACGCAGCCCGUCGUCGUCAAGAUGGAGCCCAGCAGCGGCCAGGCAUACACCACGCUGCCCCCUUUUUUGAAUUGAAAUACUCCUUUUCGAAAUUAUCCUAGCGUUAGUGUAUGAAGCCAGAGUAAUUUCGAAAGGGAGUAUUAGCCAGUAGUGUUGCAGUCGGUCAUGCAGACUGUCUUCUGUAUCCUUGUUUUGUUCUCAAGUGCUACCUAUACUUUGUAUGAAUUAAUUCACUAAUACUACAUCGUUUCAGUAGAAAUGAGUUCUUAUAAAGUGUAGGUGCUUUCGAUUUUAAAAUAUAAAUUCUAUUAUUGCUAUUCGACUAGGUAGGUAUUGAAUUAGUUAGGUACAAUUUUAUAUUUUUAUAGUUACAUUAAUAAUGCUUUGUUUUAAAGAUUUUGCAAUAAAUGUAAAUAGUACCUAAUUAUUUAAAUAUAAUAAAUAUAUAGAAUUAAACACGCGUGCCUAUAUAAAUAAUUAUUAAAUUGUUUGUAAGUUUUACAUAAUUUAUGAUUGUAGUAAUUUUGAAUGUAGGUCCUACUUUCCAUUAGAAAGCUAGUGGUGCAGACAUUUAUAUAAACUAAACGUUAUUAAUGCCUGAUGUUAUGAAUAAGGUCUAUUUCGCUAGCCUUUCAAUGGAUAGUAAGUAGACACUAUUAUAAAGAGUGAAAAUACUCGUAGACUUCGCUUCUCGUGCAUUCCUCGUGCCUUAUAUCGACAGUAGUGCCUGUUAUUAAUUGUUAUACCAGUUUAUCCAUUUUUGUAUUGUAUUAAGUAGAUAGACGUAGACAUAUUGUAUACUAAAGUACUUUUUCUCAGUGAAUUAAGGGUAAGUACGUUAAGUAGGAGAUAGUAUUUUGUAAAUAUGUUUUUGAAAACGUGAAACAGUUUGUGCCAAAAAUUAAUUAAUAAGUCGCCCAAACUUGGGGCAGCAUCCAAUAGGUGCUUAUUUAGAGAUCUAGUUCGUAUUAUAGAAUAGAUUGUUUAGGACAGUUUUAUACUAGAUACUCUUUGUUCCAGAAAUUUAGAUUUUCUUUACGACGACUAUUUCAUAGGCUUACUAAUCUUAAUUAACUUAAAAUAAUUAAUUGACAAUUUUUAUGAAGAAUUUUUUAUUAGUGAGCCAUGUCCAAAAUAAUUUGUUUUUGUAACGCUGACAAAGUUUAACGUGUAAAAUAACAACUACAUAACUUGUAUGCAACGACAAUACCUACGUAGAUACAUAUGCAACGCCCAUUUACUAGCCAGGGUACAGCCUUAAAAGCGCCAUUGUAAAUGAAUACUUAUCAAGAGGAUACAACGAAUAAAUUGCUACUCACCGCAUUGAAUCCAGAUUUAUGCCUAGGAGAUAAGUGUUUAUGCCUUGCAGUCGACGGACUUGACUGGGGUCAGGGAGGGCAACGACCUCUCAAGAGCCAUUCUUGCACUUAGGAUCACUCUUAGUUAUAAUACGGAACGGUCGACCUGAUUCUAGUAUGUACUACAAUACAAUGCAGUAGCACCACUUGCCAAUUCAAUAAUCACACUUAUCACUAUGAAGUUAAGGUGUAGAAUUAUACGAUAAGUCUUUUUUUUGUGGUGAAUGCUUUAAUUAAUCCUGGAAUUCUAUUUGUAGGAAUAUUUUAGUAAAUUAGACUUUUUAUUCUUAUUUAUAGGUGUCAUAAUCUGAUUGCUGAUUUUGUUCACAAGUAAACAAAAACAACUUUGUUUCAGCAAUCAGAAUGGAAAUUAGAUUUAUCGAUAAAAUAACUUAAAGAUACCUAGUAUUGUUUUGUUGGACUUUUGUUUGGACAAAUUAUGGUUUAAUUUUUGUGUUUUUCUUAAGGGAAGCGUGUAGCGUGUAGCGUGGGUUGGUGCACAGUAGAAUUAGUGCGGAUUGAACAUUAUAUUUAAAUAAUAGGUUUCUAGAACAUAAUUCGUUUUAAGUAGAUGAUAAAAUUUUUAUAUGCAGCUAGUUUUAAAAUCAUUUAGCCAGAUAAAACAACGAAUCCUUUAAUUGCCUUACAACGAUGAUGUUGCCUAGCUUAAGAUAUUAUUUCUUUUUUAUUUUUAAGUCAUAAAAUCAUAUUUAUUUAUUAAGAAAAGGGACCAAAGUGUUUACCAAAAAUAAACCUCUUUUUUACAUUCUAGAUAUUGCGAUAAUUAUACAGCAGGGUGUAUAAUAGUUAAAUAAUGAUUAUUAAAUAUCCUCUGCCUGUAUAUUCGUUUGUUAGAGCAUUUAAUUCUUUAAAUUAAGUUACAUUUAAGUUAAGAGAGCAAUAAGCUGGAUAUUUUGUAAUAUUUAAAUAUAAGAGAGACGAGAAAUUAUAAUACGAAUGUGCUUAAA